ACCGGAUAGCUCGAGGAUUCGAUACCAGUUUGUAGACGCUGGUAUAAAAGAGAACGCAAGUGCUCUUGAAAUUAUUCUGUCAUCAAAACACACGGAUUAAACAUGUUCGGAAAGCUGGUCGUAGUUCUAUGCGCCGCGGGCAUCGCCUCCGCCGGCAACCUGCUGCACGCGGCGGCUCCCGUAGCGUACGCCGCCGCUCCCGUCUCCUCGGUGUCAUACGCCACGCACACGGCGCACACCGGCCCCGUCGCCACGUACGCUGCUGCCCCCGUCGCGUCAUACGCUGCGGCUCCCGUCGCGUCAUACGCUGCCGCCCCCGUUGCCUCCUACUCCGUCAAAUCCGUCGCUCCUGCCGUCUCCUACCAGACCAUCUCGACUCACUCCGCUCCCGUGGCGUACGCCUCCCCCGCUGUGGCGCAUUAUGCCGCUGCCCCGGUUGUACAGAAGACCCUCGCGCCUGUGGCUACUUACGCCGCGCCCGCCAUCUCUACCUACCAGUCUGCCCCCGUGGCUUAUGCCAAGACGUACGCUGCACCCGCGGUGUCUUACUCUUCCUACUCUUCCCACUCGACCCAUGCUGCUCCCGUGGCGUACGCUGCCGCUGCUCCCGUCAUUGCCAAGACCUACGCCGCCCCCGCCGUGCACACCUAUGCCGCCCCCGCUGUAGCUUCUUACGCUGCCCCGGUUGUAACUAAGUCGAUUUCUCCCGCGGUGUCUUACUCAUCUUACUCCACUCACUCUGCGCCUGUGGCAUACGCUGCCGCUGCCCCCGUGGUCGCUAAGACUUACGCCGCACCUGCCAUCUCUACCUACCAUUCUGCCCCCGUGGCUUACGCCAAAACGUACGCUGCACCCGCCGUGCAAGCCUACCACGCUGCUCCCGCCGUGCAAGCAUACCACGCUGCUCCCGCCGUGCAAGCAUACCACGCUGCUCCCGCUGUGGCCACCUACGCCGCCGCUCCCGUGGUCAAGACUGCCGUCACAUACUCCGCUGCCCCUGCUGUAUCCCACGUGACCUACUCUGGCGCUUACGGCAACUAUGGCUGGUAAACUAUCCGGACGAA